AGCGGUUGCAAAACGUGCCGCAACGGUAAGCGAAGACAGAUGGAGGACAAAGGGGGGACAAAGGGAGAGAUGGAGGAGCGAAAGAAAGACCGGAAGAAGAAGCUAAGGGAAGAAGAAGCGAAAAAAACUACACGAGCGACACGAGUGUUAGCGACAAAACCGUGUUCAUCAUGUUAGCUCUUGGGUACCGUCACGUGCGACACUUUUUUCUCCCUCUUCACUUCACCACCCUUCCUUAAUUGAGGUUGCGAAAAUGUUGAGCAAUAACAUUGUCUGGGGAAUGUUGAGAACAGGGUUUUUACAUACCACCUCUACACUCGGACCACACGGUACGCGGUACGGUCGGCCCAUGUCUCUGUAUAUAAACCCAAUUAGGUUAAACUUAUUUUUAACUCAAACUCAAACAUACUAUUACUAAUUGAACUUAAUCGUACUAUUACUAAUUGGGCACCUCUGGUAUAAAUAAGGUAAUGUAUCGGCCAUGGCAUCUGUCCAAACCAAUGACUCCAUUGAGAUCAGUCGUGUGCUCAAACCAUAUCUCUACUAGUCUCCCCUCGCAAGUUAACUUUUCAUCUCCCAUUUGUCUCCACGUGAAACUCGCAUUCUACACUUCUCAACUCCAUGGAUCCCAGUACUAAAAUCAUUAGCCACAUGAAUGGCCAACACCAAUUGGCCUCAGUAGACUACCUUGUUGUCUACGGCCAUGUCGACUUAUCCCAAUUAGCCGAAAAUUCCGCCAAAAUCACGGCUGUGGAUGACAAAUCUUUUGAUAUCUCUUACGACUUGAAAUCAUCCCCCAACCACAAAAUUACCCUUAAAUGGGACGAAAUCGAAGACGGUGAAGGUGUCGUUGUUUCUUCCAUGAAAGAUAUCAAGGCCAAGUUGGUGGCCAUGGCCAAGUACGCUGCAAACAAACAGGGCUUUUCUCAUGUGCAAAUUACUGACUAUCCUCCACUUUCAAAGGAAACGGCCCUUUUCGCUUCACUCUCGGUGAUUUUCCUUAUUGGAUCGUACGACCUCAACUGGUUGAAGCGGUUGUUGAAACAAAAUCCAAUUUUCUCGACCUUGACCCCGUUCCUUCCUGGGUUUUUGUGGAAAGUUUUGGACUUUAGUGGUAGGAACAUUCGUACUAUUUCUGCCGGAAUGUAUAUCAUUCAUGUGAUAGAGAUUUUGCUUACUACCGGGCCAGCGUUAAGAAAGUAUAGAUUUCCACCGGCACAGAGGGUAGCUUGGUUGUUUGUUCACUUUCUCGAAGGUUUUUAUUCGAUUAUAAAGAUGAACAAGUUGAUUGAGUCCAAGCUGCAUUGAGACGGUUACAGGUCGUGGGCUUACUUACAAGUCCUAGGCUUGGACAGGUCGUGUGCUUGUUUACAGAUAAGUGGGCCAGACUGUUACCUAUUAGCUAGUUCCUAUCUACGGAAUUUAUGUUUUAGCUAGAUUUUGAAUUUUAUAUGAUUGUGUUUUU